GAGGUCACAAACCAGGAUGUUUGACCCUGUUAGACUAUAGGAUGUCUAAUAUUGGACCUGUUUUUCUUGACAUAAUUUUUUAACAUCACUUAAAGGGCAUUUUAGCUUUUUUAGAUGAACCCAAGGAAGUGAGGUGACGUGACUGUGAUCUGCUGGAAUUGAACCUGUUGAACCAUGAAGAUUUUGAACAUUUCAGUGUUUUCAUGACAGCUACUGUAUAUGCGUUGUACUGUGGACCUAACCUGAGUCUUAGUUUGAUAUUUUACAUGGAUAUUUGAAAAUUGUCCACCCGUGUGUGUAAGGAAGAUACAGAGGAAACUGAAAUUACACAAACAUCAGAUCGAUUUAAACACCUUUCCACCUGUACUUAUGGAUAUUUUUUUUCAUGUCUGUGUGGAAUAGAAGACUGCUACCAUCAGAUAUCAUUGUCAGAGUGUGUGUAUGUGAGUUUGUGCUGUGCACGUGAAGAUGUACAAGCGUCGGGACUAUGUGGAACUUUAUGAGAAGGAUCUGGCCAAAUGGGCGCUGCUACGCAAUGUCAACACUGUGAUGAAACACAGCACACUGAUGCCGGGCGACUAUGUCUGGUUGGACUUGAAGACCGGUCGGGAGUUUGAGGUGCCGAUCGGCGCAGUGGUCAAACUCUGUGACUCAGGACAGAUCCAGGUGGUGGAUGAUGAAGGAAAUGAGCACUGGAUCUCCCCCCAGAAUGCCACCAACAUCAAGCCAAUGCAUCCGACCUCCAUCCACGGUGUGGAGGACAUGAUCCGCCUGGGAGACCUCAACGAAGCUGGCAUCCUCCGCAACCUGCUGAUCAGAUACAGAGAAAAACUCAUAUAUACAAACUGUGGUGGCAGGACAUACACUGGCUCCAUCCUGGUUGCCGUCAACCCUUACCAGCUGCUGCCCAUCUACACGGCUGACCAGAUCCGUCUCUACACCAACAAGAAGAUUGGUGAAAUGCCGCCUCACAUCUUUGCCAUUGCUGACAACUGUUACUUCAAUAUGCAGAGGAACAACCGCGACCAGUGCUGUAUCAUCAGUGGUGAGUCCGGAGCAGGGAAGACAGAAAGCACCAAACUGAUCCUUCAGUUCCUGGCAGCCAUCAGCGGUCAACACUCCUGGAUAGAACAGCAGGUCCUGGAGGCCAACCCUAUAUUAGAAGCCUUUGGCAACGCUAAAACAAUCCGCAAUGACAACUCGUCUCGUUUUGGGAAAUACAUCGACAUCCAUUUCAACAAGAGAGGAGCCAUAGAGGGAGCCAAGAUAGAGCAAUACCUGCUGGAGAAAUCCAGAGUCUGUCGACAGGCCUACGAUGAGAGGAACUACCACAUCUUCUAUUGCAUGCUGAAGGGCAUGACUGCAGAGGAGAAAAAGAAACUGGGGCUGAGCAAGGCCACCGACUACACCUACCUGACCAUGGGUAACUGUACAGUGUGUGAUGGCCGAGACGACAUGAAAGAAUACUCCAACAUCCACUCUGCAAUGAAGGUACUAAUGUUCACAGACAAAGAGAACUGGGAGAUUUCUAAACUGCUGGCUGCUAUAUUACACAUGGGAAACCUCAGAUAUGAAGCUCGUACCUACGACAACCUGGAUGCCUGCGAGGUUGUCCGCAGCCCUCACCUCACAACUGCUGCUACGCUGCUGGAGGUGGAUGGUAAGGAUCUGAUGAACUGUCUGACCAGCCGGACUCUGAUCACCAGAGGAGAGACCGUUUCCACCCCACUCAGCAUGGAACAAGCUCUGGAUGUACGGGACGCUUUUGUUAAGGGAAUUUACGGCCGUUUGUUUGUGUGGAUCGUGGAGAAGAUCAAUGCAGCCAUUUACAAGCCUGCGUCCUCACUACCCAAAGGUCUCAGACGCUCCAUCGGACUGCUGGACAUCUUCGGCUUUGAGAACUUCACUGUCAACAGCUUUGAGCAGCUGUGCAUCAACUUCGCCAACGAGAACCUGCAGCAGUUCUUCGUCCGUCACGUCUUCAAGCUGGAGCAGGAGGAGUACAACCUGGAGCAUAUCAACUGGCAGCACAUCGAGUUCACGGACAACCAGGACGCUCUGGACAUGAUCGCCAUCAAACCCAUGAACAUCAUCUCGCUCAUUGACGAGGAGAGCAAGUUCCCCAAGGGCACAGACACCACCAUGCUGAACAAGCUGAACUUUCAGCACAAACUCAACACGUACUACAUCCCUCCGAAGAACAGCCAUGAGACGCAGUUUGGCAUCCAACACUUUGCUGGAGUGGUGUAUUACGAAACAAGGGGCUUCCUCGAGAAGAACAGAGACACUUUAUACGGUGACAUCAUCCAGCUGGUUCACUCCUCCAAGAACAAGUUCAUCAAACAAAUCUUCCAGGCUGAUGUCGCUAUGUUUCUGUGUGGUUAUUCUCCUGGUAGAUCAAUAGGUCUCCCUGCCAGAACUCUUCCCAAGGGGGCAGAGACCAGGAAGCGUUCGCCCACUCUCAGCAGUCAGUUUAAGAGAUCUCUGGAGCUGCUGAUGAGAACUCUAAGCGUCUGUCAGCCUUUCUUCGUUCGCUGCAUCAAACCCAACGAAUACAAGAAACCCAUGUUGUUUGACAGGGAGCUGUGUGUGCGUCAGCUGAGGUACUCGGGUAUGAUGGAGACCAUUCGUAUCCGCCGCGCAGGAUAUCCCAUCCGCUACACCUUCGUGGAGUUUGUCGACCGCUACCGGGUGCUCAUGCCUGGAGUCAAACCGGCGUACAAACAGGAGGACCUGAGGGGAACCUGUCAGAGGAUCGCUGAGGCGGUGCUCGGCAGGGACGAUGACUGGCAGAUGGGAAAGUCCAAGAUCUUCCUCAAGGAUCACCAUGACAUGCUGCUGGAGAUAGAGAGAGACAAGGCCAUCACGGACAAGGUCAUCCUCAUCCAGAAGGUGGUUCGAGGUUUCAAAGACAGAUCUAACUUCCUGAAGAUGAGGAAGUCAGCUGUGUUGAUCCAGAAGACGUGGAGAGGGUAUCACUGUAGGAAGAACUAUGGAGCUAUGCGAGCGGGCUUCUCUCGCCUCCAGGCUCUGGUUCGUUCCAGGAAGUUGUGUGCGUCGUAUCACGUGGCCCGUCAGCGAAUCACGUGUUUCCAGGGUCGCUGUCGGGGCUUUUUGGUGCGCCGGGCAUUCAGACACCGGCUGUGGGCUGUCAUCACCAUCCAGGCCUACACCAGAGGCAUGAUCGCUCGCCGGCUGUACAAGAGGCUGAAGGGAGAGUACCGCAGGAGGCUGGAGGCAGAGAAGAUGCGUCUGGCUGAAGAGACCAAACUGAGGAAUCAGAUGUCUGCGAAGAGAGCGAAGGCCGAGGCUGAACGCAAACACCAGGAGCGUCUGGCUCAGCUGGCCAAAGAGGACGCCGAGCGAGAGAAGAAGGAGAAGGAGGAGGCUCGGAGGAAGAAGGAGAUGUUGGAGCAGAUGGAGAAAGCCCGUAUGGAGCCUGUCAACGACUCCGACAUGGUGGACAAGAUGUUUGGCUUCCUGGGGACAACGGGCUCUUUCCCAGGCCAGGAGGGACAAGCCCCCGCCGGAUUUGAGGACCUGGAGCGGACCCAUCAGGUCCUGGAGGUGGAGGAUCUGGACGAGGCUCUUCCUCUGCCUGAGGAUGACGAAGAGGAGGAUUUAUCAGAGUACAAGUUUGCCAAGUUUGCCGCUACAUACUUCCAGGGCACCACCACACACACCUACGUCCGACGGCCUCUCAAACAGCCUCUGCUGUUCCACGAUGACGAGGGAGACCAGCUGGCUGCUCUGGCGGUGUGGAUCACAGUGCUGAGGUUCAUGGGAGAUCUGCCGGAGCCCAAGUACCACACGGCUAUCAGUGACGGAAGCGAGAAGAUCCCCGUCAUGACCAAAAUCUACGAGACGCUGGGAAAGAAGACCUACAAGAGAGAGCUGCAGGCGCUGCAGGGGGAGGGGGAGACGCCUCAAUCUGACAGCCACAAGAAGAACAGCGUCCGACACAAGCUGGUGUCCCUCACCCUGAAGAAGAAAUCCAAGAUUACUGAGGAGGUCACCAAGCGCCUGAACGAUGGCGAGUACAGUCUCCACGGCAACAGCAUGCUGGAGGACCGACCGACAUCCAACUUGGAGAAACUUCACUUCAUCAUCGGCAACGGGAUCCUGAGACCAGCACUGAGGGAUGAGAUCUACUGUCAGAUCUGUAAGCAGCUGAGUCAGAACCCGUCUAAGAGUUCUCACGCUCGCGGCUGGAUCCUCAUCUCUCUAUGUGUUGGCUGCUUCGCCCCUUCAGACAAGUUUGUCAAGUACCUGAGGAACUUCAUCAGCAGCGGGCCGCCGGGUUACGCUCCGUACUGUGAAGAGAGACUGAGGCGAACAUUUGUCAACGGGACGAGAACACAACCUCCGUCCUGGCUGGAGCUGCAGGCCACCAAGUCUAAAAAGCCCAUCAUGCUGCCGGUGACAUUCAUGGACGGCACGACCAAAACACUGCUGACGGACUCUGCCACCACAGCCAAGGAGCUCUGCAGCGCCCUGUCCGACAAAAUCAACCUGCGGGACCGAUUCGGGUUCUCACUCUACAUCGCACUGUUUGACAAGGUCUCCUCUUUAGGCAGCGGGAACGACCAUGUGAUGGACGCCGUGUCGCAGUGCGAGCAGUACGCGAAGGAGCAGGGAGCCCAGGAGAGGAACGCCCCCUGGAGGCUAUUUUUCAGGAAGGAGAUCUUCACGCCCUGGCACUGCCCCGCUGACGACCAGGUCGCCACCAACCUCAUCUACCAACAAACCGUCAGGGGCGUCAAGUUCGGAGAAUACCGUUGCGACAGGGAUGACUUGGCAGAACUGGCAUCUCAGCAGUAUUAUGUCGACUACGGUUCAGAGAUCCUUCUGGAGCGCCUGCUGAGCCUCAUCCCCUCCUACAUCCCGGACAGAGAGAUCAGCACCUCCAGGACGGUGGAGAAAUGGGCUCAUUUCAUCAUGGCUGCACACAAAAAGGGCAUCUACACCCAGAAGAGGUUUGACCCUCAGAAGGUGAAGGAGGAAGUGGUGGACUUUGCUCGUCACAAGUGGCCUCUGCUCUUCUCUCGUUUCUAUGAAGCCUUCAAGUUCUCAGGUCCCAGUCUGCCUAAAAACGACCUGAUCGUCGCUGUCAACUGGACUGGGGUUUAUUUUGUGGACGAGCAGGAGCAGGUCCUCUUAGAGCUCUCCUUCCCAGAAAUCACUGCAGUUUCCAGCAGCAGGGGAGGAAAGCUGCAGAGUCAGAGUUUCACGUUGGCGACCAUCAAAGGAGACGAGUACACCUUCACCUCCAACAACGCAGAGGACAUCCGCGAACUGGUGGUUACCUUCCUGGAAGGGCUGAGGAACAGGUCGAAGUUUGUGGUUGCGCUGCAGGACAACCCAAACCCCACUGGGGAGGAGUCAACGUUCCUGAGCUUCCUGAAGGGAGACAUGAUCCUGUUGGACCAGGACACCGGCGAGCAGGUCCUCAACUCUGGUUGGGCACACGGUGUCAACGAACGAACCAAUCAGAGAGGAGAUUUCCCAGCUGACUGCGUCUAUGUCCUGCCCACCGUGACUCGACCUCAACAAGACAUAGUGGCACUGGUAACCAUGACACCGGACCAGCGACAGGAGUCGGUUCGUGUUUCGCAGCUCGUCCUGCCGGAGAGCAACGACAGGAUUAAACCGUACACGCUGGAGGAGUUCUCCUACGAUUACUUUAGGCCUCCUCCCAAACACACCCUGAGCAGGGUGAUGGUCACUAAGAACCGUGGGAAGGACAAGAUGUGGAGCUGCACCAGAGAGCCGCUCAAGCUGCCGCUGCUGAAGAAGGUCGUCAACCACGAGGAGCUGGCUCAGGAUGCCUGCAUGUCCUUCAUAGCUAUGAUGAAGUACAUGGGCGACUACCCGUCCAAACGGACGCGCUCAGUCAACGAGUUGACAGACCAGAUCUUUGAAGGAGCGCUGAAGGCCGAACCUCUGAAAGACGAGAUCUACUGUCAGAUCAUCAAACAGCUAACUGACAACCACGUCAAGUACAGUGAGGAGAAAGGCUGGGAGCUGCUGUGGUUGUGUAUUGGUCUGUUUCCUCCCAGUAAUGUGCUGCUGCCGCACAUCCAGCGCUUCCUUCAGUCCAAGAAACACCACCCGCUCUCUGGAGACUGCAUGCAGAGGCUGCACAAAGCUCUACGUAACGGAUCCAGGAAGUAUCCCCCUCAUUUGGUGGAAGUAGAGGCCAUCCAACAUAAGACAACCCAGAUCUUUCACAAAGUCUACUUCCCUGACGAUACAGACGAGGCGUUUGAGGUGGAGUCCAGCACCAAAGCGAAGGAUUUCUGCCAGAACAUCUCAACCAGACUGCUGCUCAAAUCUCCUGAAGGCUUCAGCCUCUUCGUCAAGAUCUCAGACAAGGUGAUCAGUGUGCCAGAGGGAGAUUUCUUCUUUGACUUUGUCAGACAUUUGACAGACUGGAUCAAGAAAUCUCGACCAGCUAAAGACGGAAUCGUUCCCUCUCUGACCUAUCAGGUGUUCUUCAUGAAGAAGUUGUGGACCAACACAGUUCCAGGGAAGGACUCCUUCGCCGACUCCAUCUUUCACUACUACCAGGAGCUGCCUAAAUACUUGCGUGGCUACCAUAAGUGUUCACGAGAUGAGGUUUUCCAACUUGCAGCGCUCAUUUACCGUGUCAAGUUUGAGGACGACAAAUCUCACUUUCCUACGAUUCCCAAGAUGCUUCGGGAGCUGGUUCCCCAGGAUCUCAUUCGUCAGAUGUCACCGGAUGACUGGAAAAGGUCGGUGGUUGCAUACUUCAACAAGCAGGCCGGUAAAUCAAGGGAAGAGGCCAAACUGAUGUUCCUGAAGAUCAUUUACAAAUGGGCAACCUUUGGCUCCGCCUUCUUUGAGGUCAAGCAAACCACAGAGCCCAACUUCCCAGAGAUCCUGCUGAUCGCCAUCAACAAGCACGGAGUCAGUCUCAUUGACCCGAAGACAAAGGACAUCCUGACCACCCACCCCUUCACCAAGAUCUCCAACUGGAGUAGUGGGAACACCUACUUCCACAUCACCAUCGGCAACCUGGUCAGAGGAAGCAAACUGCUGUGUGAGACCUCGCUGGGCUACAAGAUGGACGACCUGCUGACCUCUUACAUCAGUCAGAUGCUGACCACCAUGAACAAGCAGCGCUCUGGGCGGGGCCACAGCAAGUGAACUUCUUACUGGCAGGAGGCUGCUGAGCUCAUCCGCCACUUGCGCCCUAUUGGACAGCACUGCAGCUGGGGGCGGACCUUUGCCCACCAGCUGUGGAGGAUGAGCCGCAGUCCUUCUGUUAGCUCAGAAGGGUCGAAGCUCACCGGAGAGAGUUCGGCUGCUAGCAGCGACGACCCCGGCGAAGGCCCCAGCAACUAUUACAACUACGAUGAAGAUGAGCCGUCCAGUGAAGACGACUACCUCUAAAACCUCCAAACUCCGUCCAACAGGUCGGUCUCCCUGGUUCGGUUCAGGACUCAACAGUCAGACCUGCUUGUACAGAUUUACAGUGUUCAGUCAGUACUGAUGUCAUGUUAACCUUAUUUGGCUGAUUCAGAUCGACCUGAGGACACUCGGCUUUAGUGAAUGUUGCAGUGACCCCAAGUGGCAGCAGGUGUUUACUGCCUGAAUGUUUGAACAUUUUAAGGAUGUUGCUACCUAAAAAUAGUGUAAUGUUCUUUUGACAUUAGUAAACCUUAACAGUUACUUUCUUGUGGGCUGUCAUGGGACAUUAUACAUCUAUAAACUACUAGUGAGACUGGUACACAGUGGACUACAGUAGCUAGGAAUCUCAUUGACUCAUAAUGGGCAAGUGUUGAGUUAAUAGGUUAAUCCAUCCAUCCAUCCAUCUCCAGGUCACGUUAAUGGAUUAAUUAUAUUACUAGGAAUUAUUGGGAAGUACUGACAUAAAUGUGAUAUAAAUGUCUAUAAAUACAUGCACUUACACAUACAUGCACAGGCAUAUUGUUCCUACUGGUUUCCCAUCUUUCUUUGACCGGUAUAAUUGUGAAAAGGAUAUUAAAUUUCAUUCCAUGUGGUAUUAAAAAGGUCUUGCAUUUAAUUUGGUGAACACUGCAGAAAACUGUGGUUAAACCUCCAAAAGUUAAUAUAUAAGUUGACAUGCGAAUGGUCAUAGAUUACCAGUACAAACGUUAGACAUUAAUUUGAACGUAGUCUGACAAAAAGAGCCUAACUCUGAGGGUAAACAUGUUUGAUUUAGGUAACAACAUGACCGUCCCUGUGGCACCAGUCUCAGGCUAGAUGUUUUGUCUCUCUGUGAUUAGGGUCUAAAAAUAUCAAAGUUUUCAUCCAUCCAACAAUUUAGUUUUUUUUUUGUGUGUAUGCAUUGGAGCUUUAGUGAAGCUAUAGACAUUUAGUCUUGUUCCUUUCUUGCCCAGCGCAUCUUGAAAUACUGUAAAAAAAAAAAAAAAAAACGAAAGAAAAAAACCCUCAAGUUUACAGUCUUUGAAACAGUUACGUUUUGUGUUUUCUGUUCUUACUUCUUGACAGGAACCUGCUGCGGUUUUAAAAGUGGGGUAUGCAAUACCAUGACAAAUAUCAUGAUAUAGAUUGAACAACAACACAACAAGUAAUAUAACUAACGUUAGCUAGGUUGUGGGUUAGCAAACUGUUGCUACAGUUGCUGCUGCAAAGCUAACAGCCAGAGA